AUGUCAUGUCCAAACACCAGCACCCGUUCUCACCCUCCUGCCUUCCUCCUGGUUGGCAUCCCUGAACUUCAAGAGGCUCAGUUCUGGAUUGCCUUCCCUUUCUGCAUCAUGUAUGUCAUUGCUGUCCUGGGAAAUGUCAUUGUUCUCUGUGUUAUAAAGACAGAGCGAAGCCUGCGUGAGCCCAUGUACCUCUUCCUGGCCAUGCUGACCACUGACCUGGUUCUGUCCACGUCCACCCUGCCCAAAAUGCUGAGCACCUUCUGGCUGGGCUCCAGGGAGAUCGGGUUCCAUGCCUGCCUCACCCAGAUGUUCUUUGUACAUGCCUUCUCGUCGGUGGAGUCAGGCGUACUCAUGGCCAUGGCCUUGGAUCGCUACGUGGCCAUCUGCUUUCCUCUCCGGCAUUCCAGCAUCCUGUCCGUCCCAGUCUUAGUGACAAUGGGAAGCCUGGUACUGGUACAUGGAGUCCUUCUGGUGAGCCCCUUCUCCCUCCAUGUCAGCAGGUUGCCCUUCUGCCAGCACUGCCUCAUCUCCCACUCAUACUGCGAGCACAUGGCGGUCGUGAAGCUUGUGUGUGGGUACCUUAGAGUCAGUGUCAUUUAUGGCUUGUUUGUGGCUUUUAUGGUGGUUGGGAUUGACUUGUUUAUCAUCUCUGUGUCCUAUGUUAUGAUCCUCCGGGCCGUGCUCAGACUCCCAUCCACUAACGCCCAUCUCAAGGCCUUCAGCACCUGUGCAUCUCACUUGUGCAUUAUCCUGUCAUUUUACAUCCCUGCCCUCUUCACGUUCCUCACCCACCUAUUUGGCCACAAUGUCCCCCACCAUGUCCACAUCCUGGUGGCAAAUCUGUACCUGCUGGUGCCCCCCAUGUUAAACCCUAUUGUGUAUGGGGUGAAAACCAAACUGAUCCGGGGCAGAGUGCUCUAUAUCUUCCAGCAGAAAGGAUUCUGA